UUUUUUAUCCAGUUUCCCGUAAAACAGACCAUUACACUUUCCAAACCAACAAUACAUAUAUAUAUAUAUAUAUAUAUAUAUAUACACAUAUAUUUAUCUAUGUAAAUGCCCUCAACGCGUCUCCUUCUCCGUCUUUGUCUGCAGAGCUGUAAUAACUUACUACUAUGUACAAACUCUCAUUGCCAUUGUGAAGAAGAGAGUAUACUGGUGAUCGGUUUUAUCUUCUAUAUUUUCAUGAACAUGGCAGUUGAAUAUCAGGAGGUUAGCUUUACAUGGGAGCAUAUAAGGAAUUCAAGAGGAGCUUUGCUUUUUACUUGCAGAUGGUUGCCUUUCUCUUCUCCAAAAGCUCUUGUUUUCCUUUGCCAUGGCUAUGGCGUGGAGUGCAGCGGGUUCAUGAGAGAAUGUGGAACCAGGCUAUCAGCUGCAGGAUAUGCCGUGUUUGGGAUUGAUUAUGAAGGGCAUGGAAGGUCCAAGGGUGCUCGAUGUUAUAUUAAGAAGUUCGAAAACAUCGUUAAUGACUGCACUGAAUUUUUCACAUCUAUCUGCGCGCUGGAAGAAUAUAGGGAGAAGAGCAGAUUCUUAUAUGGAGAGUCAAUGGGAGGUGCUGUGGCCCUACUGCUUCAUAAGAAGGACCCUUCCUUUUGGAAUGGCGCUGUACUUGUUGCACCCAUGUGUAAGAUAUCAGAGAAAGUGAAGCCACAUCCAGUGGUCGUGAAUAUAUUGACUAAAAUGGAAGAAAUCAUACCUAAAUGGAAGAUAGUACCCACAAAAGAUGUUAUUGACUCAGCAUUCAAGGACCCCGUUAAGCGAGAAGUGAUAAGGAAUAAUAAGUUGAUAUACCAAGACAAGCCCAGACUGAAAACAGCACUGGAAAUGCUCAGAACCAGCAUGAGCCUUGAAGAUGGUUUAAAUGAGGUGACACUCCCCUUCUUCGUGCUGCACGGGGAGGCUGAUAUAGUAACAGACCCUGAAGUAAGCAAGGCCCUGUAUGAGAAAGCUAGCAGCAGGGACAAAACCAUAAAACUGUAUCCAGAGAUGUGGCAUGGAUUGACAUCAGGGGAACCCGAUGAAAACAUUGAAAUCGUUUUUGCCGAUAUCACUGCAUGGCUUGACAAGCGCCGCAAUGCUGUAACUUUUGAGCAAAUUCUUCAUCCUUUCAACAAUGGCUUCGAGAAAUUCGCUAACACAACAGUAUCAAUGGCGGCAACGAAUGGUAGAAGACAAUCGAAAGGGAGCUAUUUGUGCGGAUUGAAGGGACUUCGUACACAACAUCACUCAGCAAUGUAGCCUAAUAGCAUCAAAUUAGCUACCGUCUCUGUAAAUUUCUCUGCAGCAUAUAUAAAUUUCAUGUUCUCACAAACGUAGAAAUGCAAAUCUUUUGAAGGGGAAAUGAAUGGAAAAUAAAAGAAAGUUGCUCC